AUGAAGGCAACCAUUGCAUCCCUUUGCUUCCUAGCUUCAGCAGUGUGCGUCAUUGCGCUGCUGCCUAAGAGUGUCUGCAGGGCACCCCAUGCUAUCUCAUCUUGCGCCGGGACUGCUAAAACAAUGUGGUACUUUGACAAGAACUCCAACAAAUGCGUGUCAUACACCGGAUGUGGUAAGGGUUAUAACGACUUCGGAUCCGAAGAGGGCUGCAAAGAUUCGUGCCCAUACGGUAAGGUCAAGCUAAACGCCCAGUCGCUGACUCAGGAGAACGUGGUUGAUCUAGCGGCAGUAACACCCGACGAAGCGCUUAAACUUAAUAAAAUAGAGCAUUAA